AUGAAAAGGCAAAACCAAAGCUCUGUGGUUGAGUUCAUCCUCCUGGGCUUUUCUGACUUUCCUGAACUCCAGGGGCAGCUCUUUGGGGUGUUCCUGGUUGUUUACUUGGUGACCCUGAUGGGAAAUGCCAUCAUUAUAGUCGUCAUCUCCCUGGAACAGAGCUUUCAUGUUCCCAUGUAUCUGUUUCUCCUGAACUUGUCUGUGGUUGAUGUCAGUUUCAGCGCAGUCAUUAUGCCUGAAAUGCUGGUGGUCCUCGCCACUGUAAAAACACCAAUUUCAUUUGUGAGCUGUUUUGCACAGAUGUAUUUUAUUCUUUUUUUUGGUGGGACUGAAUGUUUUCUCCUGGGGGCAAUGGCUUAUGACCGAUUUGCUGCAAUCUGCUAUCCUCUGAGCUACCCAGUGAUUAUGAACAAAAAGGUUUUCAUGAAAUUAGUGAUAUUCUCAUGGGUCUCAGGGAUCAUGGUGGCUUCUGUGCAGACCUCGUGGGUUUUUAGUUUUCCCUUUUGUGGCCCCAAUGAAAUUAAUCAUCUCUUCUGUGAGACUCCCCCAGUGCUAGAGCUUGCGUGUGCAGACACCUUUAUGUUUGAAAUCUACGCAUUCACUGGCACCAUUUUGAUCGUUAUGGUUCCUUUCCUGUUGAUACUCUUGUCUUACACUCGAAUCCUCUUUGCCAUCCUGAAGAUGCCAUCAACCACCGGGAGGCAAAAAGCCUUUUCCACCUGUGCCUCCCAUCUCACCUCUGUCACCCUCUUCUACGGCACGGCCAGUAUGACUUACUUACAACCCAAAUCUGGCUACUCCCCAGAAACCAAGAAGCUGAUGUCUUUGGCUUACACGUUGCUCACACCUCUGCUGAAUCCACUGAUCUACAGUUUGCGAAACAGUGAGAUGAAAAGACCUUUGGUGAAAUUAUGGCGAAGAAAAGUGGAUUUACAUACACUCUGA